AUGGGUUUCACAGACUUGGUCACCGGCGCUGGGCUCACCAUGCUCAACAACUGGCUGAAGACGAGGAGCUACAUCGUCGGCUACACGCCCUCCCAGGCCGACGUCAAGUGCUUCCAGCAGCUCAAGGAACAGCCCGCAGUCGAGGAUUACCCCUACGCCUACCGCUGGUACAAGCAUAUCGCCAGCUUCUCGUCAGAGUUCGACUCGCUACCGGGCGACCCUACCAAGUCACACACCGCAUAUGGACCGGAGUCCAGCGAGCUCACUGUGAAUCCUGCCAAGGCGCCUGAUGCCGCCGAGGAGGAGGGUGACGAUGAGGACGUGGACCUCUUCGGCAGUGAUGACGAGGAGGAGGAUGCUGAGGCCGCGAGAGUCAGGGAAGAGCGGCUGGCGGAGUACAAGAAGAAGAAGGAGGGCAAAACCAAGCCGGCUGCUAAAUCAGUCGUGACUAUGGAUGUCAAGCCAUGGGACGAUGAGACGGAUAUGGCAGAGCUGGAGAAGAACGCCCGCGCCAUUGAGAAGGAUGGUCUGGUCUGGGGUAAAUCUCAGUUUGUGGCGAUUGGCUACGGUAUCAAGAAGCUGCAGAUCAACUUGGUUAUCGAGGACGACAAGAUCUCCUUGGACGAGCUCCAGGAGCAGAUCGCUGAGGAUGAGGACCACGUGCAGUCCACCGACAUUGUUGCCAUGCAGAAGCUGUAG